GUCGAGCGUGAGGCACCGCCGCUAGCGGCACAUAGUAUUGCCGUCUGGAAGAUAAUGUUACACGUGUAAUAUGAUAACUUGUUAUACUCGUAUUUAUAAGAAACUUUUGAUGAAACUAAGUAGACUAGCUUGUUCCUUUAAUGUUGUUUGUUUGAAAAAUAUAAUAAAAAGAGUCAGUUUGUUGACAGAAGCUUUACAAUUCAGGUGUGGGGUUCCCAAAAAAAAAAAUAAAUAAAAAAAAGAAGACUCAAAAUAUGGAUUCACGCCCUACUCGAGAAAGAAUUCUUUCAGCUUUGAAAGCUUCAAAUGUGGAAUUUCCAGAAACAGCGUCAAUUGCACAAUUGAGAACAUUAUAUGAUUCUUUGCAAGUUAACGUUGGUCCAUCAAAGCAGACUGAAUUGCCUUCUGGAAAUGUGGUUUCUUCUGAUUCUGCUGGGAAUUCAUCUGUAACUGUCACUACAAUGUCAUCCAAUACUUUGAAUGAAACUCCCGUUAUUAAUUCCGCAACUGCCGAUCCUGAAAAUUUGCUUCAGUCAUUUCAAUGUAAUGGUGAGUCCACAAAUCAAACUGAAUUGGUUCUUGGAACUGCCGCUUGUUUUUCUGCCGCACGGACUUCAACCGAUUUAAUAUCUAGAAAUACAUUGAGUGUCGCUUUUAAUAACAGCGAAAUUGGCGUAUCCUGUGCAAAUCUUCGGCAAACACAGACUUCAGUGCCUCCUUCCGUAAUUUCUUCCGUACCUUCCGUCUAUAAUUCUUCUGCUUCCGUUCCUGUAAAUACAGUUCAAAGACAAUUUCCUGGUACUUCAGGGACUGCUGCUUCUGUUUCUGCCGCCCGGACUUCAUCAGUUAUUUCCGAUUUAAUGAAUACAAAUACAUUGGGUGUCGCUUUUAACAAUAGAGCAAUUGGCGUGUCCUGUGAUGUUCUUCCGCAAACACAAACUUCCGUACCUCCUUCCGUAUCUUCUUGUGUUGUUUCUUCCGUACCCUCCGUCAAUUAUUCCUCAGUUUCCGUUCCUGCAAACUUACUUCGAGGACAAUUUUCUAGACCUUCUGUUCCAUCACAGGUAACAGACCCUUUCAUUCGUUCAAGCGUUUUAUCCCGUGAAGCUGAUGAACUAGAGAGUGAAAUUAGAGUUUUGAGAUUGAAGCAAGAAAUGUUGGCUCUUCGAAACCAAAUUGAAUCUUUAGAAAACGGUGGAAAAAAGGUUUCUACAAAUAUCAAUUAUGACGAGCUCUCUAUGAUGGUUCCGAAAUUUUCUGGGAAUGAUGGACGAAAUAUUGAAAAAUGGAUAAACUCUUUUGAAAGCUACACUAUAAAUAUGACUGACCAAGAAAAAUAUAUGUGCUUAAGAUAUUUGCUGGUUGGAACUGCGCGAGAGUUCAUGGAAAAUUCAAAUUACAAAGAAUAUAAGGAGUUGAAGAGAUCGCUCUUAGACAUUUUCAAGAGAACGGUAACGCAAGAAGAAGUUUAUCAAAAAUUGCGUUUGCGCAAGUUGAAGCCAACAGAGCCGUGUAUUGCCUAUAUAGUAGCAAUGCAAACUAUUGCAGCAGAAGGCGAAAUCAACGAGCAAGAACUGGUUGACAUUAUAAUAGACGGAAUGGAAGAUAAAACCAACAACAUAUCCAUUCUAUACGGAUCAAACUCAUUACAAGAAUUGAUGCAUGGAAUAGAUAGAUACGAGAAACGCAGGUCAAAAACAGUCAGUACUCAUAAAGAAGGCCGUGACAAUACUAAUGGCAUACGAUGUUUCAAUUGCUCUCAAUUUGGACAUAUGAAGAACACCUGCAAUAAGCCUCGACGUCCACCGGGAUCUUGUUUCCAUUGUUUCCAAAUGGGACAUUUUUACAAGGAUUGUCCUAAAAGGAUGAAUGUUACUGCUCCCAUAUUUUGUAGUAAUGAUAUUGUAGACACAACACAAAUGCCCAAUUAGUUUGGUUAAGAUGUCUUUAUUACCGACUGGUGUGAUAAGUUCGAAGAAUUUAAUACCAACUUCGUAUGUUGGAGUUGG